UGCAGAUUGGACAAAAACCGGCCGACACGCCCAGGGGAGGAGACUUCGGUCGAUUGUGAGGCGCGGUUGAAAUACUCACAGUCGUUUCUCUGACAUCCUUUAAUUUGUGCUCAGCCGCCGUGGGGUCCACACUCACAUAAGGGGGAACUUGUCGUUUCCAAAGCCCAGCUAGGGAGAAGGAGAUCCGGUCGGAUUUUUCACCUCUUUGGCAAGAUUUUUACCUAUCCAAGAGCUGGAUUUUUAAAUCUCAAAAACUCCUCCAGGUUUUUCUUUUUCGAUUUUAUUUUUUGUUCAGAUCACCUAAAGGAAAAAGAAAUGGGAGCCCAGUUGUCCAAGGGUGGAGUAGCUGUUGAGGGGAAAGCCGCCGCCGACCCUGCUGCUGCCAAAGCCAACGGCCAGGAGAACGGUCAUGUCAAAACCAAUGGCGAUGUGUCAGCCAAGCCCGACGGGGAAGUGGCCGCCGCCGAUGGUAACGGAACAGCUGAGCCAGCCAAGGAUGGCGAGACCAGCGCCGGAGAUGCCAUCGAGCCCGCUCCCGCAGCCGAGGGCGAGGCCGCCAAAGCAGAGGGCGAGGCCGCCAAGGAUGGCAAGAAGAAGAAGAAGUUCUCCCUGAAGAACUCUUUCAAGUUCAAGGGCAUCUCACUGAAGAAGAGCAAGAAGGGCAGCGAAGAGGGCAAGGAGGAGGCCACCUCCCCCACGACCGAGGACAAGCCCGAGGAGAACGGCCACGCGGCCAAGGAAACCAAAGAGGAGACGCCGGCCGCUGAGGUCAAGGAGGGCGAGGCCGCAGCCGCCGCUGCCCCCGAGGGAGAGACCAAGGCGGCGGAGGAGGCCCCACCCACAGAGGCUGCCCCCGCUGAGGAGGCCGCCGCCGCUGCCCCCGCCGAGGACACGACACCUGCAGCCUCCGAGGGCGAGGCCAAGGCAGAGUGACUGCACCCCGCCACGGCACCUGAACUGAUUUUCCAAGAUUAAAGUAUAUAAAUAUAUAUAUGAGAGACUCGUGCCACGUUCUUAAAGUUAUAAACAAAACUACAAAAGAAGACAAAGGAUAUAUCACGUUUGCUGAUUCAACCACCAGUUCACUGCCUUUUAUUAGUUCUUCGACAGACGGAAUCUCACCGGGCCCUCUCGUGAUGAAAGUGUCGGCUUGUGUCGCCCCCUCAUGGUACACACGGGGACUGGCGUGUGGCGAAGGUAAUGGAUUGGAUGUGGAGCGAAUCAGGAAUACUGACUUAUUUUCCCAAUUCAUGGAGAAGCAUCCUUUUUAACAGCGUGGCAGCCCUAUAACAUUUUAUUUUUCUUUCUCAUCUUUUUGGGAUCUAAAAAUUGUCACCGUCGCGGAGCAGGGCAGACCAUCUCCUUCACUCGAAAUGACUGUUAUAUGGACACAUAAACCUUUCAAAUGAUCUUAUUAAUUUUUAGAAUUCUACAUUCCUAUGUUUUACCCCCAAAUUUCAAGUAUUUUGUCAUGUAUAGAAAAGUGAAAAACCGAGGAGGGGAGGUGGAAAAAGAGCUAUGUCUUUGUUCGUGCAUUUUGAUUCUUUUCUGGCUAAAACCACAUUCAAGCUUCUUGAGUAUUGCAGUGUUCACAUUUCAGAGUUUAUGAUGCAGGGGUUGGGAUUGUGUACAAAAAUGUGAGCUUUUUAUCUGCAAACUGUCUCUGUAAAUAUGUUUUGGCCAAUAUUUUUGGUUCUCUUUAUUUUGCUAUCAUUUGAAGAUGUUAAUGGUUUUAUUGUAACUUUUAAUAAGGGUAAAUAAAUGUUCGAUCCCCUC